AUGCAACAACCGGUAAAAGUUGUGGCCGAACGAGUUGACCAAAGUUAUCAGGAUUAUCUAUCUUAUCUGAAAGAAAAGAAUCGACAACGGGCACAGUUGCGUCGCAAAAGCCGUGAGGCACGUCGAAUAGAAAGAUUGGAACAAGGGUUCAAUUUAUUUUUUAAUCUACCUCCUCCGGAUAUUCAUCGAAGACGGGCCAAAUCACGCGAUCCUUAUCUUGCCGGACGAUGGACUGAGGAGUCCACAGGCUCUUCCGAUGAGUUCAGGAAGACGUCCACCGAGCGAACCAAGAGCGCACCAAAUCUUAAACAGACAGAAGGUCGCCGACGGACCUGGGGUCCAGUAAUUGUUCCCAGCAGGGUCAGAUGUGUUACACCGGCCAAGAAAAAAUCAUCAAAUUUCUCUUAUGAAAAUUUUCCCGAAUCACAAAUCAGUGACCGGAAUAACAAUAACGAUGAAGGUGUUCAGCAGCAGCAGCAGCAGCAGCAGCAGCAGCAGCAGCAACAACAACAACAACAAAAACAACAACAACAGCAACAACAACCGUCAGGGUUAAUAGAAAUUGAUGAACCAGAUUCCGAAUUUGUGCCUUUGGUGAUAAAAAUUGACGUGCUGAGCAACUGGGGCGAUAUAAAUGCAGUCGGAUUUCGUGAGUUCUGCCUCAAAUCUAACAGUAGCAAACAAGUCUGUUCAAUUUCUGAACUACGAAUGUUCAGAUUGGAUUCCGAUGGCCAGACCAGAGACAAGGACAUUUCCAAUAAGCUACAAAAUGCGCUUACACAUAUACUACAGUGUCAUCCUUGGAAAACAGAUGCAGCUCUAAUUCCCUUCCGAUUACAGUUCACAUUUGCUUGUCCCUCCAAACAGGAACAUUUCUACCUUCGAUUGAGAAACUGGUCUGACGGGAAAAAUAAACCCUGUCCUAUCAGUUUGAAUCAUGUGCGUUGUACAUUUUUGCUUGGUUCCGAAGGAGAAAGAGUUAUUGAAACCAAUAUUCAGCCUGAUGAUCAACUUGAACUCGAUAUUGAUAUGCGCCGAAAAACAGUCAGCUUUCAAGAAACUGGCGUGGGAACAUUCAGCGGUGAUACUAAUCAAGUGAAUACAGAUGAUGAUAAUUCGUCUUAUCCGAUGCAUCAGCCAUCGUGGUUGCAUUGUGAACCACCAAAAAAAAGUCUUCUCCCCAGUUCGGAUUUACUCGAUCAAGUCAGUCCUGACUUAUUAAGUCGUCAGUUUGAUCGUAUCCGACAGAAACGUAUACACAGUGGCAGGGAUAGGAUAAAUUCACUUUUGGAGUGUUCUUGGUCCUCACUAGAUUUUUUCAAUCACUUUCAUGCAGGACGACUCAAUACAGAUCCAAUAGCUUACCAAAUCAAUAAAACCACUCAGGAGAUACCCGAUGCUGGAGAGACUUUUUCGGUGUGUGCAGAUGAAAUUAUUGUUUGCGAAAAGUCCGAUCAAGAAGACACGGCGAACUUUGAACAUUCUUUGGAGUUGACUGUCCCACCGAGACCAAGUGCAGCCACUGUAAUUCCUGUACCGGAGUUGCCUCAUGGUUCUUUAUUGUUGUUUGAUAUUGUGAACACUUGGGGAGACGCAUACUAUGUGGGUCUGUCGGGACUGGAGGUGUUCACUUCUGACGGGAUAGAUAUUGCUCCUUUAUGUGAAAUCUCAGCCGAACCCCCGGACAUCAAUAUCUUACCUGGAUACGGUACUGAUCCUAGAGUUGUCAGUAAUCUUGUUGACGGUAUGAACUGGACUCGAGAUGAUACGCACAUGUGGCUGACUCCAUUCAAUCCCGGAGAACGGCACUUGAUUUUUCUCAGAUUACCAAACCGAACUAGUCCGAUUGCAAUGAUUCGGGUGUGGAACUAUAACAAAUCGCGUGUGCACACAUCGCGCGGUGUCAGAGAAAUGAUCAUAUUUUUGGAUAAUCAGAUCGUUUUUGCCGGGGAAAUAAACCGAGCCCUUGGUUUGGAAUCAACCGAUCCGACGGAUUUCUGUGAGACAAUCUUGUUUACAACCGAUGAUGAUAUCCUGGAAAAAAUAGCGAGUAAUGACAAGGUGAUACACAUGUGUCAGCUAGCUCAAGAAUCUUCGUUGCACAGAGAAACUUUACCGGAAAACGAAGAACGACCGAAAACUCACGUGCAACCACUGGAUCAGGCACAAGAUAUCAGCCAUUCGGAAAGCACCGACCUCAACCUCGCUCUGGAUCCGUUUCAUUCCGAGGAGAUUGAUGAGGACAAGGAGGUUAGCUUUAUCGAACUGAAAUUAUUAGAACCAUGGAACCGUACGGAAAACCGGGUUGGAUUGACCGGUUUACAGGUUUUUGGUGAGACCCAGACCCCGAUUCAGAUUGCAGAUAUUCUCCUAGUAACACCAUGCGAACCGGACUCUGGUUCUUUGAAACAGCUUUUAAAUGGAAUUAAUGAAACAACGGACGUACAAAACAUGUGGUCCUGUGUCUUCCAUUUGCAUUCCCCACCUCUUAUUCGUUUGAUUUUCCAAACCGCCAGCAAAAUUGUUCGUCUGCGGUUGUGGAACCACAACGGCAAAUCGAAUCAAAUUAACUUUGGUGUUAAGAGAAUUCGUAUCACUGAUAAUCGUGGUCGAACUCUAGGCACUACUACACAGGAUGGAUCCAUACUGAUUCGCAGAGCUCCGGGGCAUACGAAAUUUUCACUUGCACAAAAUAUUCCCCUUCGAGCGAGUUCCCGUCGUCCGACUCAGUUUACAGAAUUGGACAGUCAGUUAGAUAAAAAUCAAACUUUGCCCUGUGGUUUUGUCUACCGUUUGGAUAUUUAUUCUACUUGGUCGGACCGUUAUUAUGUGGGAUUGGACGGAUUGGAAUUACUAGAUUCCGACAACCAGUCGAUACCUAUUCGGCCGCAAUCAAUAUUCGCUUCUCCGAGCUCAAUCAACGAGAUCGUGGGAAAUGGUGCGGCCAAAUAUAUUGACGUACGGACUGUGGACAAACUGAUUGAUGGAGUUAACUCAGGGCCCGAUAUGAGUUCGCAUUGUUGGCUAGCACCAGUCGAUUCGAACCAUGGCAAUCAAAUAUUCAUUGUUUUUGAUGAACCAGUUGUUGCUUGUGGUCUUCGAUUAUGGAAUUAUUCACGCACAGCAGAGCGUGGAGUGAAGGAAUUCGCUAUCCUCGUGGAUGAUCAAGUCGUUUUCCGUGGUUAUCUUCCGAAAACCUGCCCAGAGGUUCAUCAAACGCAGAGCAACCAAUCUAACCGGUACAGUACGAAUCGGGCAGAUACAGUACUCCCGAUUGCAAAUAAUUGGCGAUUAGUUGCUGGUGGUCAACGCCACUCCUAUCUCGUUAUUUUUGAUCAGAAUUAUGCCAAACAAUUUCCGGAAUACCCAAAUUACAUUAUUGGACUAGAACACCCUUCCUCCCCUUCGGGUUCAACACUGCACGUGGAACCGAUAAAAAUGACAAAUGUUGAAUCCGGUUAUGAAAAACCAAAAUUGUUUUCACGAACACAAAGAAAUCCGGUCAAUCCUGAACUUCGUCCAUUUACGUGCGUGGCACACAAACGUCGUUGA